ACAACUUGACAUUAGUUCACUAUCACCCAAGACAGCUAUCAAAAUUUUUAAUGGAGUUAUCUCGCCCAUUCUAUUAUAUAACUCUGAAGUUUGGGGAGCAUACCAAAAAAAUGACUACAAUAAGUGGGACAAUUCACAAACAGAAAAAGCCCACCUAAGGUUCUGCAAGCUAUAUCUGGGAGUAAACAGAAAGGCUACCAAUACAGCUUGCAGAGCAGAACUAGGAAAAUUUCCGCUUUUAAUCACAAUACAAAAAAACAUAAUCAACUACCUAAAACACAUCCUCGAACUACCUGAUACAACAAUUGUAAAACAGGCCUUAUUUGUUUCGAGAGACCUGUACAAAAAUGGAAAAGAAUCAUUUUACUCAAACGCUAUGAACAUGUUAAAACUUUACUAUUCUCAAGAUGAUGAAACAACUAAUAUUGAAAUUGCCCUAAGAAAUAUCGAUACAAAAACCAUAGUUAAUGGAAUAAAAGAAAAAUAUGUUGAAUUUUGGAAACACAAAAUAACGAAAUCUCCAAAACUGUCCUUCUUUUGUCAAUUCAAAAAAGAUUAUAAACUAGAAGACUAUCUACAUCUUAUAAAAAACCCAAUACAAAGAAAAAAUUUCUCAAAAUUUAGAAUCAGUAAUCACAAACUCGAAAUUGAAUACGGGCGAUACAAAAACAUUCCACGCGAACAACGUCUAUGUAAACUUUGUAACUCCGGCGAAGUAGAAGAUGAAUUUCAUGUUGCUUUUGCAUGCAAAACAUGA